AUGAAGGGCCUCAUGAUGUUGUUCCUUGCAGUGACCUCGGUCGCAGCCCUUGCAGCUCCCCAGCCCAAGGAGGGCUUGACCCAGGGUACCUUCAUCUGUGCUGCUGCUCCUUGCAGCAACGACGCUUACUGCAAGAGCAACGGCUGCUACAAGUGCCAGCACGGCGUAAGUUCACAAUUCUCCAUCUCCCCUGUUAUCAUAGGAGCAUUAUGCUGA